AUGGAAAUUUUGAGCAAACAGCAUAACCCACUAACAGCCAGAGCAAGUGCGCAAUCUGAAACUGCAUCAGGAUCCAAUGGUUUAGACAUUGAUGUAUCAUCAAGCAGUUCUGCAGAGGAGACUUCACGAAAGGCUCAAAAAGGCAAAGAAAAAGCCUCGACUAGUGAACGAGAACAGUGGGACAUGGCUAGAGAGAUUGCACUAAUGCAAUUGAUCUACAAUUGUUGCCCUUUUGCCAAUGCUCAUGCAAAGGGUGUCAGAGCAAAAAAGAAUUUGCUGUUCAAGAAGUUGAAUCUGGUUGUCAACAAAGACAAUGAGAGAUCGUUGCCUGUCACGGCCAACGAGUCUGCGAGCCUUUUGAAGCAACAGUUGGACAUUCUUCAACAACAACAGCACACCAACAAUCUUGUACUGGAGGAGUUGAAGAAAACAAGUUGGUCAAAUGCAGUUCUUGCUAAAUCGAAUCAGGAAAUUGCUGAUUCAAAUAAGGUCAUCACCAAAUCUAAUUCAGCUCUUGCUAAAUCUCUUUCGACAAAGGCAGAAAUAGAGUCAGCAAUUGUCGAAUCUUAUAAAAAUAACAAGUAA